CGCCGCCGCUGCUGCUACGACGACACCUGAAGGGAGUCGCUUGAGCGAAUGUCUCCUCGAUGACUCAUUGGCCAGCACUUCCUCAAAUGCCUUCUCGCAGUCACACGUCACCUCGCGCCCGUGAAGCAUGCGUCUGUUACCCCGCCGCCGCAUGUCCCCCUUGAAACUGGCUGUCCUCGGGGGGGUUAUCUUUAUGGCGGCCGUGGUGGUUCUCCACAGGGACCCCGACGCCUCGUUCGCCGCCGACCCCCGGCUCCUGGAGCGGGUGGCGAGGAAGGAGACGAUGAUCGUCCUGGUCCGAGAGGCCAUCAAAAACUUUGGCUUCCAGAUGCCCCCUCCGGUCGAGACGGAGCCGACAGAGAACAUCGCUUGCCUCGCCGGUUUCUACAGCGAGGCUGAGCUCAAGCCUCACCUGGAAAGACCGCCUCAGGACCCCAAAGCGCCCGGUGCCAACGGGAACGGCUACGUGAAAGACAAUCUGUCUCCCGAGGAGACCGAGGAGAAGGAGGCGGGCAUGAUCAAGCAUUGCUUCAAUCAGUUCGCCAGCGACCGCAUUUCGCUCAGCCGGAGCCUCGGCGAAGAUACUCGGCCUCCGGAGUGCCUGGCCCAGAGGUUCGUCCGCUGUCCUCCGCUGCCCGACACCAGCGUGAUCAUCGUGUUCCACAACGAGGCCUGGUCAACGCUGCUCCGGACGGUGUACAGCGUCAUGCACACGUCGCCCGCCUUCUUGCUCAAAGAAAUCAUCCUGGUGGACGACGCCAGCACUGAAGAGUACCUGCAGAGCCAACUGGUGGAGUUUGUGCGCGAGCUGAAGAUGGUGCGAGUGCUGAGGCAGCAGGAGCGGAAGGGCCUGGUGGCGGCCCGCUUGCUGGGCGCCAGCGUCGCUCGAGGCCAAGUGCUUACGUUCCUCGACGCGCACUGCGAGUGUUUCCACGGUUGGCUGGAGCCGCUGAUGAGCCGCAUUACGGAAGAACCGAGCGCGGUGGUCAGCCCGCGCAUCGCCUCCAUCAACCUCAACACGUUCCAAUUCCAAAAGCCCAAGGCCAGGCAGCGUUACUCCAGCCGAGGGUCCUUCGACUGGACCUUGACGUUCAUCUGGGAGUCCGUCCCCGCCGACGUCAACAAUCUGCGCAAGAAUGAAACCGAACCUAUCAAAACACCCACUUUUGCCGGAGGUCUGUUUUCCGUGUCAAAGAGCUACUUUGAACACAUCGGAACAUAUGAUGACCAGAUGGAGAUUUGGGGUGGCGAGAAUUUGGAGAUGUCCUUCCGGGUGUGGCAGUGCGGCGGUCAGCUGGAGAUCAUUCCUUGUUCGGUCGUGGGCCACGUCUUCCGCACCAAGAGUCCGCACACCUUCCCCAAAGGCACAGAGGUCAUCUCUCGCAACCAAGUGCGCCUCGCCGAGGUCUGGAUGGACGACUACAAACUGCUGUUCUAUCGCCGCAACAACAGGGCCAGCAACAUGGCUCGUCAGCACUCCUACGGGGACAUCGGCCAUCGUCUGAAGCUGAGAGAGAACUUAAACUGCAAGAGCUUCUCCUGGUACCUAAACACCGUCUACCCAGAGAUGUUCAUUCCUGAGAGAACGCCAGAAAAAUACGGAGCAAUAAGGAAUGCCGGAUCUCAAACGUGCUUGGACGUUGGUGAAAAGAACAAAGGAGGGAAACCUGUUAUCAUGUACGCUUGUCACAACCAGGGAGGCAACCAGUACUUUGAGUAUACGUCCAUCAAGGAGCUGCGCCACAACAUCAGGAAGGAGCUUUGUCUCGAGGCGGCGCGUCAUCCCGAGCCCGUGAAGGUCGAGCCGUGCAAGGAGAAAGGGAAGGGCCCCGAGACGUCGCCGCUCCAGGAGUGGCUCUUCACGCAGGAGAAGCUCCUGAAGAACCCCAUCAGCGGGAAAUGUUUACAGCUGAAAGACAAGGUCGUUCUGAUGGACAAGUGUAACGCUUCGGAUGCCUACCAGCGCUGGAGCUUCAGCUAAUAUCCCGUGAGCCCAUUUAGGGCAGAGGAGGUUUCGGGACGGAGCCGAGACGGAGUCACGUGGAUCCACUUGGAUUGGCCUUCGUCCCUUUGUACGCUAAUCGUGGGGGGAAAUCGGGUUUGGAUGGGUGGAGCGCGGACGGGCAUCUUCAGAGUGGAUGUGGGCACUCAAGUCCCACCGAGGCCCUGACGUGUCCGUUUUUACACUUUCGACCUCCUCCGGGUGACGGCGGAGGUGGCGACGAUGAUAUUACAAUAAACGAGCCGGUGUGACACGGGACAUGAUCAAAUUUCACUUAACGGGGCAGACCGAGUCUUAUUUAUUUACAACAAAUGUAUCGAUGUUCAUCUAAAUGAAUGCUCUUUUAUUGGAUGGCAGAAAGUGUGUAAUUGACUUGUGUAUCCACUUUAUGUGACGCUAUUGUUCAGUGGUGUGCCGUGAGAUUUUUCAAAUGUAAAAUUUGUGCCUUGGCUCAAUAAAGGUUGGGAAUUACAGAAUGAG